UGCACGGCUGCCCGGACCGAGUCGCCGCGGGCAGCCGGCAUCAUGGUGCUGUCGGUGCCGGUGAUCGCGCUGGGCGCCACGCUGGGCACUGCCACCAGCAUCCUCGCGCUGUGCGGUGUCACCUGCCUGUGCAGACACCUGCACCCCAAGAAGGGACUGCUGUCACGGGACCAGGAUCCUGACCCGGAGAAGGCAAAACCCGGUGUGCUCCAGCCAGUCCAACAGUUCAAUGUGAAGAAAUCCACAGAGCCCGUCCAGCCCCGGGCCCUGCUCAAGUUCCCAGACAUGUACGGCCCCAGGCCGAAUGUGACCACUCCAGAGGUCAUCAACUAUGCAGACUACACGCUGAGAACCACAGAGGAGCAGCCAGCACCUGCCAGCCCCCAGGCCUCGCAUGAUAGUCGCCUCAAGCACCAGGUCACGGAGGAGUUGUUCAUCCUUCCUCAGAAUGGUGUGGUGGAGGAUGUCUGUGUGACUGAGACCUGGAACCCAGAGAAGGCUGCUAGCUGGAAUCAGGCCCCCAAACUUCACUAUUGCCUGGACUAUGACCGGCAGAAGGCUGAGCUGUUUGUGACGCGCCUGGAAGCAAUGACCAAUGGCCACGAUGGAGGCUGUGACUGCUAUGUCCAGGGCAGUGUGGCCAACAGGACCGGCUCUGUGGAAGCCCAGACAGCGCUGAAGAAGCGGCAGCUACACACCACGUGGGAGGAGGGACUGGCACUCCCUCUGGCAGAGGAGGAGCUGCCCACAGCCACCCUGACCCUGACUCUGAGGACCUGUGAUCGCUUCUCUCGUCACAGUGUGGCUGGGGAGCUCCGCCUCGGCCUGGAUGGUGUGGCCGUGCCUCUAGGGGCUGCCCAGUGGGGUGAGCUGAAGACUUCCGAUAAGGAGUCUUCUGCAGGGAGCGGAGAGAUUCUUUUGUCUAUCAGUUACCUGCCAGCUGCCAACCGCCUCCUGGUGGUGCUGAUUAAAGCCAAGAACCUCCACUCUCACCAGUCCAAGGAGCUCCUGGGCAAGGAUGUCUCGGUCAAGGUGACUUUGAAGCACCAGGCUCAGAAGCUGAAGAAGAAGCAGACAAAACGGGCCAAGCAUAAGAUCAACCCAGUGUGGAAUGAGAUGAUCAUGUUUGAGUUGCCAGAUGACCUGCUGCAGGCCUCCAGCGUGGAGCUGGAGGUGCUAGGCCAGGAUGAGGAGGGUCAGAGCUGUGCGCUCGGGUGUUGCAGCCUGGGCCUGCAUGCCUCCGGCUCUGAGCGCAGCCACUGGGAGGAGAUGCUCAAAAACCCACGCCGCCAGAUUGCCAUGUGGCACAGGCUGCACCUGUAAACCGCCUCCUCGCUACCAUCCUGCUUGG